AGCAGCAGCUGCACGCAGACGCCGUGACCCCCCGCGCAAGCGUCAUGGAGCGCGGUGCUGCCCCCGGGGUCGUCAUUGACCUCGGCCCCACGGAACAGGAGCUCCUCCACGCACGCCGCGUGUCCUCGUCCGGCAGCCAGUCGCAAAGCGGACGUCUGCUUCACCCUGGAACUCAUGGUCCACAUGCCUGGCGGAGGAGGAAGCAGCGCGGUUGAGAGGAACACCAACGCAGAAGUAGCAUGAGGAACGUCCUACCCAUCUCUGGGGCCCACACCAUCUCCUCAUGUACCGUCUCCAUCAGGGCGUUGACCAUGGCGGGGUCCUUGAGAACGGCGUACACGCCCUUCAUGUCUCCACACAUGAAAGUGUUAUGGAUGGCCGGGUCUCGGCAUCGGGCCUGAGGAGGGGGAGCUCUGACCUCCUGGAGGCGCCGCUGCCUGGGGGCUCUCCUGCGGGCCAAAGCUUGCCGUGCAUCCUCCCAGUCCUGGAACUCCUGCUCCAGCCUCAGGGAGCGCAGGGUGGUGGUGGUGAAUGGGAACGUGUUCUUUGACAUGGCGCUUUCACUUCAUGGAGGACACAUGGAGAACACCAUACACAAAAGACAAGAAGAAAGUGUUAUUUUGCUGUUCCAUCAAAGCGGCAAUGUGUUUACUAACUUGCCCGGGCAGGUGAAUCUCGGAAGAGGAGACUAAAAAUGUUUCCCAACAGGUUUGGCUCACCCUUUAGUGGAGGAGCUGAACGCAGUAGCAGGUUUCAACUGAGAGGUUUCAUCAUUAAAACCGCCGUUGUCCCUUUGUCUUGCUUGAUCUUACACUUGGGGGUCGAACACAGUCGUCGACGUUCUAAACGCAAAUUCAGAACCAGUUAUUAAUAGAUGGUGGUGUAAACAGAUACUUGUCAUUCCUAAAAAUGGCCAACAGAUGGCAGUGUUGAGUUUACAUUGCACCAACUGACAUGUUAACGGAUAUAAUAAAACUCUUGGAUUAAAACGAGUUAUUUUUAGCUAGCUAUUUUUAGCCAGAUAAGCUAGUUGUUUCUACUUACGUACAAAAUAAGUAGAGUUAGAUAAAAAAAAAAGGUUCUUACAUUUUUUUGUAAGGUUUCAACGAAGCAGCGGGUCGCUCCACUUCCGCAUUGUCACGUACUACGUCAUCACGUUUGAACGUGAAUCGCGGGCUCAAGCAUCGACGACAGAGCUCUUUCUUCGACAACGACUACUUUCUGACGGACAACAGACGUUUAAAAGACUAAACAGUCAGAUUGAUUGUCAUCGGAUGGCUUUGGACGUCGUUUGCACUGAUCGUGGUGUCUCAUGCCUGCCAUGAGCUGCAAAUUGAGUGGGCUGUUCAGCAUUGGCGAGGACUUUGACGAUGAGGACCUGCUGGCUUCAGAGUGGUCCCUCCCACAGGGCGCCCCUUCUGCGGGCCUCAGAGAGUCCGGUACAAAGCACCUCCAGCCAAGCGGAGCGAGACCAGCAUCCCUCCGUCCUUACUCAGCAUCAAGUGCCUCCUCUGAAACUGUUGCUCCGAGUCUGAGGAAGCUCUCCUCCAUCGCCCAGGCUCACCCCCCCAAGCCAAAUGUACCCGAGUCCCACUUGGUUUUGGGCUCGGGUGCGCAGCAGAAGCCUUUGGUGGCCCAAGACGACUUUGACGAUUGGGAUGUGGAUCUGGCAGACUUGGAGGAGUGUGAUCGUCAGAUGGGGUUCUUAGCCCCAGCCCCCCCCGUCAAAGCGCUGCGGCCUCCAACCAGCGGAGAGACCCAAAUAAAGUCCGUCUCGACAUCCGGUCCGAGUGCAGCCCCUUUGACCCCCCGACCUGGACCUCCACAGAGACCUGCAUCUUACCUUGAUGCCACUUUGUCCUCCCCGGCACCCAGCCUGCUCCCGAGGACCCUCAACAGUCCUCAUCAGGCAGCUCGGGCCACCCCAGGACCAUCCUCCCACCUGUCCCCGCCACAGAGUCCUGCUGUGUUCCCCGGUCUCACUGCCUCCAUAUCAUCCCCUGGUCCCCUUCCAAGGACCCUCAACAAGGCGGCCACUCCGGGCACCUGGUCCCGGCCGGCCCCACCACAGAGUCCUGCCGUUUUCCCAGGUCUUACCGUGUCCUCUCCAUCCCCUGGACUGCUGCCUAGGACCCUUCACAAGCCUCCUCAGGCAGCCACCCCGGGUCCCUCAUCCCGCCCGGUGCGUGGCCUCUUUGAGACCGUUUCGCCCCCGUCGUCAUCCCCUGCCCUCAGCCCCCACCCUCUCAGCACGCCGGUUCUCACCAAUCGCUUGGUCCAGCUGGUGUCAGCUUCCAGCAAGGUGCCCAGGAAGAGUCCUCGCGCCGAGCCUCAUCAGCCCAGGACACGACGCUUCCCGGGCCCGGCGGGACUCCUCCCACAGCAGGCUCACAGUCAAAGUCUGGAUGAGGUCGUCGUGUCUGUUCCUCAGAUUCCUGCUCACGGCGUGAAGGCACGCCUUCCAGGCCAUGUCGCCAGCUCCCAGGCCGAGGAUGAGGAGUUCAGCGCCGGCGCCUGGGCGGCGAUGAAGGCGGAGAUGGGCUUGGACGAGCGGAACCCCUCCUGCUUCCUGCGCUCCUACAGCGUGGUCAUGGUGCUCCGCAAGGCCGCCCUGAAGCAGCUGUCCAAGAACAAAGUGCCAAACAUGGCCGUCCUCCUGAAGAGCAUCACCCACACGCACGCCGACGCCAAGGCCGUGUUCAAAGAUCCAACGGGCGAGAUGCAGGGCACAGUGCAUCGGCGGCUGGUGGAGGAGCGCCUGGGAGAUCUGAAGGUCGGCGCCGUGCUGCUCUUGAAACGAGUGAGCGUGUUCUCCCCCUCCCAUCGGAACCAUUACCUCAAUGUCACGCCCAACAACCUGCUCAGGAUCUACUCGCCAGACGGAUCCUGCCGGUCCUCGGCUCGGCUCCCCGCGUUGGGCACGAUGGCGUCGCCACCCGGUGUCCCGAAGGAGCACGUGUCUCGCAUGCAGCUGGUGUUCGACGAGGAGGACGACGACGACGGCGGCGGCGGCCGAGACCCUCGCAUAGAAGGAGUCCAGCAGGAUUUAGGCUGGGACGCGGAUGACCUGGAUGAGCUGCUGGGUGCGCUCCCCGAGGACGCCUACAGUCCAUGACGCCAACUGACCCGCAAACGCCGCUGAUACUUCAUCAUGCUUCCUAUGGAUAUCAUGUUGGAGAUGAGACAAAAUGUCUUUUUUUUUUUUUUUUUUGGAUAAGAAUAUAAAGGUCAUUCCAUAAAUAAUAAUUAUUCAGUAAGUCUGUAAAAAGCAACGCUCCUGUAAUACAGAUGAUCCUGGUGUGUUCGAGUGCCGUGGUGAUUUUCAUUCAUUGUUGCGCCUCGCUGACCUUUUUAAAAGGUCACCAGCAGGUGUGACAGGAGGUGUUGAUUGACGCUGUGGCCAUUUUGUAACGUGUUUUCACCGCUAGGGGGCAGCCUUCGCUU